ACUUCCUCUCUCAUUUUUGACUCUAAAGAGUCUUGUAAGCGACAUUUUUUUUCUGGCCUUGGAUCUCAUAUUUGUCUGUAGUCCAUGAAUGGCAAAUUUGAUAUCUUGGAUUCAGAUAUGGCCAUCCUUUGUAGGCUUCUGUGUUCUGAAUCAGGUCUUGGACUUCAAAAUCAUAGCAUUUGCAGCUGAUAAUGGCCGACGUAGUGGCCUUGCAUCAGAAAGCAGUUGCAAGAACACAAACUAUCAAAGUUUCCUUCCACCACCAUAUCAGAAUAUAUCCCAUAUGAUAUGCAAACCUGUAUGGCAUACUUAUGAAUUGAGGUACAUCCAAAAUGAUCACACCACAACCAUCCUAUUAUCUGCUCCCUAUACAAUUGGGUGGGUGGGAAUAGGGUUCUCUAGAGAUGGUAUGAUGGUGGGCUCAAGUGCAAUGGUGGGGUGGAUCAACAAACAUGGUCAUGCAAAGAUCAAGCAGUUUUAUCUUCAGGGUAAGAAGGCUUCAGAAGUGAUAGCAGACAAAGGUGAAAUACCUCUCAAUAAUAUGCCUGCAGCUGUGGCAGCUAAUGGAGCUGAAAUUUACUUGGCAUUUCAGAUGCAACCCAGAACCCCAUUUGGAAAGCAACCCAUCUUGUUGGCUUUUGGAGAUAAAUACCCGAAGAACCACCAUCUGCCAAAGCAUGUUGACAAAACAUCAAUCAUAUUUGAUUUCUCUUCAGGUUCCAAGGGUUCUGGAUCCAAUGAGCUGAUUCAGAUGAGGAAGAAUCAUGGAAUAGUGGGUAUAAUAGGCUGGGGACUAGUCCUGCCCGUGGGGGCAAUUGUUGCUAGAUACUUCAGGCACAAGGAUCCCCUAUGGUUCUAUCUCCAUUCAGUCAUUCAAUUUGUGGGAUUCGGAUUUGGACUCGCCACAGUCCUUCUUGGAUUACAACUAUACAACAAAAUGCAAGCUCAUAUACCUGCUCACAGAGGCAUCGGAAUCUCUGUCUUGGUGCUAAGUAUUCUUCAGGUAUUGGCAUUCUUCUUGAGGCCAAACAUGAAUUCCAAGAUUCGCAAGCUUUGGAAUUGGUAUCAUAGUUGGGUUGGAAGAUUGGCACUUUUCUUUGCAUCAGUGAACAUAGUGUUGGGGAUGCAAGCUGCAGGGGCAGGCAGUGAUUGGAGAGUAGGCUAUGGAUUCCUUGUUAGUAUAGUAAUUGUUGCAGCUAUCAUUCUGGAAGUACUAGCAUAUCUGAAAAGAUCAGAGAUGCGAUCUCUGCCUCCAAGCUUCCCAAUGGAUCCUGUUCCAGAAGCUACCUUCCCAGGCAAUCUAACUAAAGGGUGAAUGUGAUAGCUGCUAGUUUGCACAAGCAGCGUUUGAAUGACACAUACAUGGCAUAUGAUGUGAAUGAGAUGAGCUUCGGCAUGCCUGGAUGCUAUUUUUUGGGCGAGCUCUGUUAGGGCAGAUAUGCAGAAAAUGCAUAUGAAGCCAGCUAUAGCUUUGCCAAGUUGAAAGCUUCAGUGGAUUUGACUCUUUUCGCCUUCUUUUGAUUGAUCAGAAAUGUAAAUUAAGUUUUCCUAAUUUUUUUUUUUCUGGGAGCUGUUUUCAAAUUUAAGAAUCAGAUUGGUGAGCAACCAUCUUUUGCUUGUGC